UGAAAGGCUGGGUCUCCGCCUCCUCCGCUGCUGCCAGAGAGCUGCCGGCUGCCGCUGCUCGGAGGACUACCCUGUGAAGGGGGCGGAGGAGAGGCUGGCUGGGUUCGCCGUGCAAAGGUAGAAGGUGUAAGGGAGAGGCGGCAAGAAAAUGUCUUCUUCGGUGGGGCCCCGCGGCCCUCGCCCGCCCACGGUGCCUCCCCCGAUGCAGGAGCUGCCCGACCUGAGCCACCUGACAGAGGAGGAGAGGAACAUCAUCAUGGCAGUGAUGGACCGGCAGAAAGAGGAGGAAGAAAAAGAAGAGGCCAUGCUCAAGAGGUUGCAUCAACAAUUUGAAAGCUAUAAAGAGCAAGUAAGAAAGAUAGGGGAAGAAGCCCGCCGUUACCAGGGAGAGCACAAGGAUGAUGCUCCAACAUGUGGAAUCUGUCAUAAAACAAAGUUUGCAGAUGGUUGUGGCCAUUUAUGCUCUUAUUGCCGGACCAAGUUCUGUGCUCGAUGUGGAGGUCGUGUCUCUCUGCGAUCAAACAAUGUUAUGUGGGUAUGCAAUUUAUGUCGAAAGCAACAAGAAAUCCUAACGAAAUCUGGAGCGUGGUUUUUCGGAAGCGGACCACAGCCGUCGCCCAGCCAGGACGGAACGCUGAGUGAUACGGCCACGGGCGCAAGCUCGGACGCACCGAGAGAAAAGAAAGCGAGACUUCAAGAGCGAUCGAGGUCACAGACUCCCCUGAGUACUGCAGCUGCCUCAUCCCAGGAAAUCUCUCCUUCCAGCGUGCAGCCUGACCGGAGGAAAGGAGCAGAAGUGUCACAGCCGGCUAUGGGCCCGGACCAAAAGCAAGCUUCAAGGUCUAGGAGCGAACCUCCAAAAGAGAGGAAGAAGGCAGUAUUGGUUUCUGACCAGAAUGGCAAAGGUGUAAAGAGUGAGCGUAAGCGUGUGCCAAAAUCCUCACUUCAGAAAGAAGGACCAGCAGAUGACAGGGAGCGUAAAGAGCGGCAUGAAGGUAGAAGGCUGGAGAAAGGCAAGUCCCAGGAUUACCCAGACUUGCCAGAGAAACUUGAGGAAGGCAAAGUGCCUGACGAUGAAAAACAAAGGAAGGAAGAUGAAUAUCAUACCCGUUACAAGAGUGACCCCAAUCUGGCAAGAUACCCUGUAAAACCACACCCUGAGGAGCAGCAGAUGCGCAUGCACGCCAAAGUUUCUAAAGCACGCCAUGAGAGAAGACACAGUGAUGUAGCUUUGCCACACACAGAAAUGGAGGAAGCGGAGGUACCUGAGAAUAAAUUAGGAAAACGCUCACAAUUACAGGGAACUCAGGACAGAAAAUCUCUUGUGGAAACUCAGAGGUCGUACUCUAUAGACAGAACAGGUGAUGUAAGAAUUUCUGUUUCUAAACAAUUAACUAAUCAUAGCCCACCAACUCCCAGGCAUAGUCCAGUUCCUAUAGAACACGUAGAAUACAAGAACCACGAUUCCUUUAUAAAACAGAGCCGCCUUGAUCCUAGCUCUGCUAUUCUCAUGCGAAAAGCAAAGCGGGAGAAAAUGGAGACCAUGCUAAGGAAUGAUUCCCUUAGCUCUGACCAGUCGGAAUCAGUGCGGCCAUCCCCUCCAAAGCCUCAUAGAGCAAAAAGAGGCGGAAAGAAAAGGCAGAUGUCAGUUAGUAGCUCAGAGGAAGAAGGGGCAUCAACACCAGAAUAUACUAGCUGUGAAGAUGUGGAGAUAGAAAGUGAAAGUGUCAGUGAAAAAGGUGACUUGGAUUAUUACUGGCUGGAUCCUGCCACGUGGCACAGCAGGGAGACGUCCCCUAUUAGUUCGCAUCCCGUAACGUGGCAGCCUUCCAAAGAGGGAGAUCGCUUAAUUGGGCGUGUUAUUCUUAACAAGAGAACAACCAUGCCUAAAGAAUCAGGUGCAUUACUGGGGCUAAAAGUUGUUGGAGGAAAAAUGACAGAGUUAGGACGACUCGGUGCCUUCAUUACCAAAGUGAAGAAAGGUAGCUUGGCUGAUGUGGUGGGGCAUCUCAGAGCAGGGGAUGAAGUUCUAGAAUGGAAUGGUAAACCCUUGCCUGGAGCUACAAAUGAAGAAGUUUACAACAUUAUUUUAGAAUCAAAAUCAGAACCUCAAGUUGAAAUCAUUGUUUCAAGGCCUAUUGGUGAUAUUCCACGGAUUCCCGAGACUUCCCACCCCCCCUUAGAGUCUAGUUCAAGUUCUUUUGAAUCUCAGAAGAUGGAAAGGCCUUCUAUUUCUGUUAUAUCUCCAACUAGCCCUGGAGCCCUACGGGAUGCACCUCAGGUCCUACCAGGGCAGCUUUCUGUUAAACUCUGGUAUGACAAAGUGGGACAUCAGUUGAUAGUCAAUGUUCUACAGGCAACAGAUUUGCCACCAAGAGUAGAUGGACGCCCUAGAAAUCCCUAUGUAAAAAUGUAUUUUCUUCCAGACAGAAGUGAUAAAAGUAAAAGAAGGACCAAAACAGUAAAGAAAAGUCUAGAGCCAAAAUGGAACCAAACUUUUCUCUACUCACAUGUACAUCGUAGAGAUUUUAGAGAACGAAUGCUUGAAAUCACAGUUUGGGAUCAGCCAAGAGUACAAGAAGAAGAGAGUGAAUUUCUUGGAGAGAUUCUUAUAGAGCUGGAGACAGCACUUUUAGAUGAUGAACCACAUUGGUAUAAGCUACAGACACAUGAUGAAUCUUCACUACCUCUGCCUCACCCAUCACCAUUCAUGCCAAGAAGACAUGUUCAUGGUGGAGAGAGCGCUAGCAAAAAAUUACAAAGAUCUCGGCCAAUCAGUGAUAGUGACAUCUCAGAUUUUGAUGUUGAUGAUGGUAUUGGAGUUGUUCCUCCAGUAGGUUAUAGGUCUAGUACUAGAGAAAGUAAAUCCACAACGCUAACUGUGCCAGAGCAGCAAAGAACAGCAACACAUCAUCGUUCACGUUCCGUGUCUCCUCACCGUGGUGACGAUCAGGGCAGGCCCCGUUCACGUUUACCAAAUGUGCCAUUACAGAGGAGUUUAGAUGAAAUUCAUCAGAUGAGAAGAUCACGUUCUCCAACUAGACACCAUGAUGCCUCCAGAACUCCAGUUGAUUACAGAUCCAGAGAGAUGGAUAGUCAGUAUUUGUCUGAUCAAGAAAGUGAGCUUCUUAUGCUGCCCAGAGCAAAGCGAGGAAGAAGUGCAGAGUGCCUACACACCAUCAGCUCAACUCUUCCUGCAUGUGCUAAGACCAAACCCGUGAUUAGACAGGAUAUUUCACUCCUUCAUGAUUGCCUUAAUUUACGAAUAUCGAAAUUUGGAGAUGAUCUGCUGGUUAGUGAACUGCAGCCCUCCCUUGACAGGGCUAGGAGUGCUAGUACCAACUGCUUGAGACCAGAUACUAGUUUGCAUUCACCAGAACGAGAAAGGGGUAGAUGGUCCCCCUCCCUAGAGAGGAGACGACCUACUAGUCCCAGGAUUCAUAUCCAGCAUGCAUCUCCGGAGGAUGACAGAACAAGGACGCUGGAGUCUUGCAUUCCAAAACAAGACAGUGUAGACCACCUAAGUGCUAAACCUGGAGCAGCACAGAGGCAGUCCAGAAAAGUGGAAAGAUAUAGCAGCCAAAAACAAGCUAGGAAAGGCCCUGCAGCUGAAACAGAAAGAACACAUCAGCAAGGAAGUCCCACGCAGUCUCCUCCUGCAGACACCUCCUUCAGCAGUCGUAGGGGAAGACAGCUACCACAAGUUCCAGUAAGAAGUGGCAGUAUAGAGCAAGAGCAAGAGAAUUUUAACUCUCCCACAAAAGCAAGCUUAGUAGUGGAGGAGCGAACGAGACAGAUGAAAAUGAAAGUGCACCGUUAUAAUCAGACAUCAGGGUCUGGUUCUAGCCAAGAACAUGAGCGUGAGCAAUACACCAAGUAUAACAUACAAACAGAUCAGUACAGAAGUUGUGAUAACGUCUCUGCCAAAUCAUCAGAUAGUGAUGUCAGUGAUGUGUCAGCCAUUUCCCGAACCAGCAGUGCCUCUCGCCUCAGCAGCACAAGUUUUAUGUCAGAGCAAUCUGAGCGCCCUCGGGGCAGGAUCAGUACAUUUACUCCUAAAAUGCAAGGCAGACGGAUGGGGACUUCAGGGAGAAUCACAAAGAGCACAAGUGUGAGCGGAGAGAUGUACAAGCUGGAGCACAUUGACGGGAGCCAGUCGGACACGGCUGUGGGCAUGCUUGGAACAGGUGGGAAGAAAAGGAGGUCCAGCUUUAGUGCCAAAGUGGUUGCCAUAGUGUCUCGAAGGAGCAGAAGCACAUCUCAGCUUAGUCAGACAGAGGCUGGCAGCAAGAAGCUAAAGAGCACAAUACAGAGAAGUACAGAAACAGGAAUGGCAGCAGAGAUGAGAAGUCGUAUGGUUCGACAGCCAAGUCGAGAAUCCACUGACGGCAGCAUAAAUAGUUAUAGCUCUGAGGGCAACUUAAUAUUUCCUGGAGUACGGCUGGGCGCUGACAGUCAGUUCAGUGAUUUCCUCGAUGGACUGGGACCUGCACAGUUAGUAGGCCGGCAAACACUAGCAACCCCUGCCAUGGGUGACAUCCAGAUUGGAAUGGUGGAUAAAAAAGGCCAGUUAGAAGUAGAAGUCAUUAGAGCCCGUGGCCUCACACAAAAACCUGGCUCCAAAUCUACCCCAGCUCCAUAUGUUAAAGUGUAUUUACUGGAAAAUGGAGCAUGUAUAGCUAAGAAGAAGACAAGGAUUGCAAGGAAGACGCUUGAUCCUCUAUACCAACAGACACUGGUUUUUGAGGAAAGUCCACAGGGUAAAGUCCUUCAGGUUAUAGUCUGGGGAGACUAUGGCCGAAUGGACCACAAAUGCUUCAUGGGAGUUGCCCAGAUCCUUCUGGAGGAACUGGAUCUGUCCAGCGUGGUAAUAGGCUGGUAUAAAUUAUUUCCACCUUCAUCGCUAGUGGAUCCAACAUUGACUCCCCUGACACGUAGGGCUUCCCAGUCAUCUCUGGAAAGUUCAACUGGGCCUCCCUGCAUUAGAUCAUAGUAGCAGGUGCUGUCUAUUCAAAACAUCACCCAGGAUAACAAUUGGAACCAGAUAUUCACAUGAUCAAGAAACACUGUUGGAAAGAGACAAUCACUUCCGUUUUUGCUUGUAGUAGUUAUCCAAACAUAUGUCUGUCUGUUGAGAGAUGGCUUAAAUUGACAGAACAAAGGUGUAUCACAUACAGCUAAUCUAUUAGCAGCUACCACUGAUGCUUAUAAUGACUAAAAAAAAAAAAAAAAAAAAAAGAAAGAAAGGAAAAAGAAAAAUAUAGAGGGACAUUUAGAUUCAAUGAGUCAAAGAUGACCCAAACUGGAAGCUCUCACUCUGUUAACAAUGUUGCUUUUUUUCACAUUUUGAGAGAGCCCUCAAGCAGUGUUACCUUCCUGGUGUUUCAGAAGUUUUUCUGUACUUGUCACUUCCACUAGUUUUUUGCCACAUGAUUCUGCUAGUUUUGUAGAAGUCCUCACAAUGCUAACAGAGACCCUUCCUUUCUUUUUCUAAAACAACAAAAAAGGGCUGAAGCUUAUCUCUGUAAGCAUCGUUAAAGUGUUCAACAGCCACAGUUACAAUUCCAGCAAAUUCAAAUCGUUCCUCAGUUCUGGUACUUACAAGUCUUUCACAUGGGAACCCAGAACAAAUGACCAAUCUAAGUUAUAUUCUUACAAAUAAAAAUCAUCACAGUGCCACUUUUUCUUUGUAAAAAGCAGAUAUGUUUGCAUUAUAUAUAUAUAUAAUAACUUUUCUGUUUAUGAUGUUUUGCAUGGAAGAAUUUUGAAGAAUUCUGCAACUACUGCUGGGGACUGGUAUAAAGCAGCUUUAGUCUUAAUUUUGACAUUGAAUAUGUUACUGGUAAUGCAAUUUUCCUCCUAGAAUUGGAGAGGAAAUACUUACAUUUCUGUGUAUAAAUGUAUAUUUGACUUCCCAAAAUAUUGACCAGGAAUGAAUUGAGCAUAUGACACUUUCAGCUGUACCCAGGCUUCUCUGAUGUGUGUCGCUUCAGACGCACCUGUCUGCCCUGGAUAGAGCAUGGUAUGAGUUGUUCAAUAUUUCACUGGAGAUUCCAGUUGAAAUAUUCUGCACUUACUAAUGUUUUUACCAAAUUUUAGUUUACAUUUCUUUGAGAUUGAUGCAAGCACAAGGCU